GAAAGCCGCUGGCCCGGGAGGACCACACAGAGGGGCAGCUUUCGGCCGCAGCCUAGUAACUCUGAGGCUUCCAGGUGGACACCAGAGGCUCAGAGCCUCCGACCAGCAAGAAUGGAAGACACCCUUCAGUCACUUCUACUCAACCAGGGUCUGCCAGUGGCCGCCAUGGGGUCUGUGAGCUCCCGAAGUCACAAGGCGGAAGCCCAGGUGGUGAUGAUGGGCCUGGACUCGGCCGGCAAGACCACGCUCCUGUACAAACUGAAGGGUCACCAGCUGGUGGAGACCCUGCCCACCGUGGGUUUCAACGUGGAGCCCCUCGAGGCCCCCGGGCAGGUGCGCCUCACCCUCUGGGAUGUCGGGGGGCAGAGCUCGCUCAGGGCCAGCUGGAAGGACUACCUGGAGGGCACGGCCGUCCUCGUGUUCGUGCUGGACAGCACGGACGAGGCCCGCUUGCCCGAGGCGGUGGCUGAGCUCACGGAGGUCCUGGAGGACCCCCACCUGGACGGCGUCCCCCUCCUGGUGCUGGCCAACAAGCAGGAUGCACCCCACACCCUGCCUCUGCCCAAGAUCCGAGACAGGCUGGGCCUGCGGAGGUUUCCGGGGCUCUGCUGGGAGCUGCGGGCCUGCAGUGCCCUCACCGGCGAGGGGCUGCCUGAGGCCCUGGGGACCCUGAGGCGUCUCCUGAGCUACCGCAGCCCCCCAAGUCUCCAGGUGGGUGCAAGGGGAGGCCGUCGGGAGACCUGAGAGCCUCGAUCCGAGCAGAGCAGCCUGUCUUCUCUGCUCUUACAGACUGGAACACCAGCUAAUCCUGGAGGGAAACUUAAGAUCUGUUUAUCAAACAAGGAACCCUCCUAGGCUCAGACACAAUAUUUAAGUCUUUGGACUUAUUGUCACCGGUGUUUAUGUUGCAAAUCAGCUACUCUUGCAAUAAUGAUACUCUAAGUAUUCCAGGUGGUUCAGCAGCAAAGAAUCUGCCUGCAAUGCAGGAGACAUGGGUUCAGUCCCCGGGUCGUGAAGAUCCCCUGGAGAAGGGAGUGGCAACCCACUCCAGUAUUCUUGUCUGGAGAAUCCUGUGGACAGAGGAGCCUGGAGGGCUUCAGUCCAUGGGCUCUCAAGAGAAUCGGACAUGACUUACCAACUAAACAACAACAAAGAAAAAAAAAAAACCUCAACAUAAUUCGUUUAGUAACUCAUCAUUACCACGUGUGAACUGAGAAACUAUAAUAACAGAACAAGUGGCUGCAGAAUAAUUAACACCUAAAUUCACAGAGGGAAAGAGGCUUCAAAAUCAGAUCAGAAUAUCAGACUUGGACAUGUUCACGAUCUUAUGAAUGAUUGUUCUUAGUAGCCCCCUAAAUCAUCCCAAGUGCCACCACCCUCUGAGAGCAAGCAGUCAGGGCCAGCAGGAUCAAGUCUGCUUCCAAAGGAUCUUGGGUUAGAAGUUGGCUGGGCACUCAGCCCCGGGACAGAGGCCGGGAGUUCGGACCUUCCAAAAUCAAUCACCUUUUCUGACCCUGACUAGUCAUUCUCUGGAGGAGGGUGUGACAACCCACUCCAGUAUUCUUUCCUGGAGAAUCCCAUGGACAGAGGAGCCCAGCGGGC